AUGCAACUUCUAGCUUUUCUCAAUGCUUUCAUCUUCGGUAGAGCCAGCUUCUCCAGCCUCUCUGGGAAUGGAACAAGCAAUAGCUCCAGUCUCACGUCAACAACUUCAACCCCGCUCACUAAUAUCACGCGCACUCCCCCUCCUACCAAUAUAACCAGCACGACGAUACUGUCGUCAAGUUCUUCAAGACUGUUGAUAAACAGCACGUCCAGCUUUCUUACCAUCAGCCCUACAAGAUCACCAGGGCCAUCGAUAACAAGUACGUCCAUGUUCUUGGGCACUAGUCCUAGAUAUUCCAGUUCUUCCUCACCCCUUGUGACGAGUACGGGGAAGUGGAAUACUACAUCCUCAUCUCAAUUUCCCACAACCCGCUUCUCUACCAUCCUACCUUCGUCAUUCCACAACACAACUUCAAGCGCCACAAAUCGACUUAACACCUCGACUUCUGCCUUGACCACCUCAUGGAAAUGGAAUACCACAUCCUUAUCACAGUCUCCUACAAGUUUCACGGGUCUUCACACCUCGAAUGUCUCAUCAUCAAUCAAUAGCUCAACUGCUGUCCGAACAAUUCGCAUCUCAAGCCUCGUUUCAACCUCAUUCUCCAGGUUCAGCAAUGCGAGCUCUUCUGCGCCAUCUUCGAGCUUUUUGAUCACGGGCAAGACAUCCUUUGCUACGCUCACUUCGAGCACUUCAAGUGUUUCCUCUUCGACUGUCCCGUCGUGGACAAAUAGUAGCACUCAGAGCACUCAAUCGUCUUCUGUGGUCACUACUACGCCGUGGCUUAACAGCAGCAUCAGCUUUGAGAAACACUCAUCUACUAGCACCUUGUCUUCUAUUUCGACGAUCCCAUCUUGGGCUAAUAGCAGCACCACUUUCUCGCUGUCCAUCACAAGUAUACCGAUCACUACGGCCAUAUUACCAAAGUCAGAAUUUGUCAGCGCAACAUCUCUCGAGCUAUCGACUUUCAACAGCGUUCCUCCGUCUCUUGGAUCUUCCGGAUCUUUGACUUCUGUCUCAUCCGAAACGAGUAGCUAUGACAUAGACGUCCCAAUCACGAGUCUCUCACUACCAACAACUCUUCCGUCGUCACUCGAAUCAGUAACUCCAAUAAGCUCACCCACAUCUACCAUCGCCCAACCAACUCCCUCAGCUUGGUCCUGCCCCACUGCCCCAGGCCUAACAUUCGGACCCGCAGAAAUCGAAUCUGCAAUAUGCUCCACAAAUUGCGCCUCUCCAGACGCUACCACCCGAGCCUCACUCUUCAUGACAGCCCUCACAAACAACAACUAUGGAGAUACCAUAAAUGCCACAUCCAUCCUGGAUCAGCUCUUACCGCCACUUUUUGAGCAAGUGCAAUCGUUGAGGAAUCAGGGUUCGAGUGCUUUGAGGAGUUUUGGGAGGGAAAUUGUGCCUCAGACCCCGUCGCAGAUUGUCGUUGAUGAGAUUCUUGUUUGUGGGAUUGCGCUGCUGGUCUUUGAGAGCUUCAAGUGUACGGUUGAGGUUGUAUUUGUUCCAGGGUCGGGGGUUGUGUUUACGGUGACUUGUGUGGUUGCCACAGGGUGA